UUCCGUUCUGCCUAACAUUGUCAGUUAGAAAAAGAAGAAGAAGACUUGAAAAACUCUCUUGACCGGUAAGGUCGCUAAGGCAAAAGAUAUUUCCAAAUAAAAAAGAAAAACAAAUUACACAAAAGAAAGAACCCAAGAAAAGGACAUGGCCGAAAAGGUAACCAAGUUGGCCUUUGCCAGCCGUGUCAUUGUUAUGCUGUUACAGUUGCUGGCCAACAAAUUAAUUCCUGAUCACAAGGCAGAUGUGUUUCGUGCCCCUCUCGAUGUGGAUGCGAAAAAUACCUGGUUGGAUAAAACCAUUACAUUCGCUUUGAAUGGAUUUCGCCAUUGGGACGCAGAAUACUUCCUGCACAUUGCCGAAUAUGGUUAUACGUAUGAGAACACACUGGCCUUUUAUCCCCUGUAUCCUAUGCUGGUGAAAUCCGGAGCAUAUGGUGUCCACUUUUUGCUCGGCAACUUCAUGAAUUUGCGGUCAUGCUGUUUGUUGGUGGGUGUGGUUUUAAAUGUUGCACUAUUUUGCAAAGCGGCUAAUAUUUUGUAUGCGCUGACUCAACGUAUUUUUAAUGACCUAAACAAGAGUUGGAAUGUUGCUUUGUUGUUCUGCUUCAAUCCGGCUUCGAUAUUCUUUACGGCCGCCUAUUCUGAGACCGUGUUUUGUUUGCUUUCGCUGUAUGUAAUGCUCGAGUGUUCGUGUCAAAUAAGGGUGGUGCGUGCUGCCAUGGCGCUGGCCUUAAAUGUGGCAGCCCGCUCAAAUGGUUUGGUCAAUUUGGGCUUUCCCAUAUAUUUUAUAGUAAGGAAAUUUAUAUUGAAACAGUCAUCGCUGCUGAGGGCGGCAAUGAAGGUGCUGUGUUGCCUGGUGCUGUCACUGUUGCCACUGACUUUUUUCAAUUUCUAUGCCUUUCGUCAGUUCUGUGCUGUCGACAAACCGAGUAAUCAUAGUGAAGUUAUCCUAGACUAUGCCAGAGAGCGUAAAUAUGUUUUGUCCGGCUAUCGCUAUGGUGAACAGUCACCAUGGUGCGAUGACAAUUUCCCCUUUCCCUAUUCCUAUAUUCAGUCCCACUACUGGCAUGUGGGUUUCUUGAAAUACUACCAAUGGAAACAACUGCCCAACUUUAUGUUGGCCUCACCAAUACUCCUGUUUAUGCUGUGGCAUUGUAUCAAAUAUUUAUAUAACUUUCUGGCCAACCUCUUGCCCAAGUAUCCGCUGUUCUAUUUGGUCAAGGAAUACAAAACGUUGCCAUAUAUUAUUCAUGCCUUUGCACUGACCGUGUUUUGUGUAUUCUUUGUCCACAUCCAGAUAUCCACGAGAUUGCUGUGCUCAGCAACGCCAUGCGUAUAUUGGUUUGCCUCGGACUAUAUGCCCAAGUCGUUGGAGAAAUUUGAAUUACGCUCCAAGGCUGGUUUGAUAUUUCUAUGGUUUGCCUCGUAUGUCCUCGUGGGUACCAUAAUGUUUAGCAAUAAUUUACCAUGGACAUAAGGUGGGGGCGGGGGCUGAGGGUGAAGUAAUACGAAUUUAUAAUACGGCAUGCCAAGCCAGAAACGCACCAAACCAAACCAAAAACCAAACAAACAAGAAAUGCUAGAAAGAGUCUAAACCCAAAUUUUAUUUAGUACAUACCGAAAUUGUUUUAGUAGUUAUUAACAAAAAACAAAGAGACUGUGUAAUCGUAUUGUUUUUUUUCUUUUCGUUUUGUUUAUCUAUAAUUUGUUAAAACUAAAUUUCCCAUAACUCCCCUUAAAUCUCUACGUAAAUAAUUUGUGCUGUUUUUUUGUGUUUAUUAGUUUAACUUUUAAUUUUGUUUUUAUUAGAAUUAAUAUUUUCUUUGACAAUUUUCGAAAUUUAUCUGUGAAGAAAAAAAAAAAACGAAAGAAAUGCCCACUAAUGCGUUGUUAAUACGUGUGUGUAUAAAAUUGCCAAGAUGUGUAAAUAAAUUUCCCAAUUUCAAAAUGAUAA